AUGCCCCAGUCAGAUCGACGAUCCGAAUCCGAUCACCCGACCACCUCCCAAACCGAACACGCAGCGCAGCGUUCCUCUGACGAGAGCGAUGGGUCUCUGUCCCGCAAACCCCGACCCGACGGCAAGCGGGAGCUCAGCGAGGACGACUGCUACGACAAGCUGGGCUUCUCCUUCCCCUGGUACAAGAAAUGGACGAUCCUGACCGUGAUCUUCAUGGUGCAGAUGUCCAUGAACUUCAACACGGGCGUGUACUCGGACGCCCUAACGGGCAUCGAGGAGACGUUCGGCGUCAGCGCGCAGGCGGCGCGGGUGGGCCAGAUGAUCUUCCUGGUGGCGUACGCGUUCGGCUGCGAGCUCUGGGCGCCCUGGAGCGAGGAGUUCGGGCGGUGGCCGAUCAUGCAGCUGAGUCUGUUCCUAGUCAACAUCUGGCAGAUCCCGUGCGCCCUGGCGCCGAACUUCGGGACGAUCGUCGUGUGCCGGUUCCUGGGCGGGUUGAGUUCCGCCGGGGGGUCGGUGACACUGGGCAUGACGGCCGAUAUGUGGGAGGCGGACGAUCAGGGGUUCGCGGUGGCGUAUGUGGUGCUCUCCUCGGUGGGCGGGUCGACCAUCGGGCCCGUCUUCGGCGGGUUCAUCGGCCAGUACCUGACCUGGCAGUGGGUGUUCUGGGUGCAGUUGAUCUUCGGCGGCUUCACGCAGGUGCUGCACUUUUUCCUGGUGCCGGAGACCCGCGCCACCGUGCUCCUCGACCGGGAAGCCAAGCGCCGUCGCCAGUCGGGCGAGGAUCGUGAGGUUUACGGACCGAACGAGCUCAAGACGAAUCGUCUGGAAUUGCGCGAGAUUCUGCGGAUCUGGAGACGACCGUUCGAGAUGUUCGUGCGCGAGCCCAUUGUCUUGUUUCUGUCGCUGCUCUCCGGGUUCUCCGAUGCGUUGAUUUUCACCUUCACGGAAUCGUUCACCCUCGUCUUCGACCAGUGGGGCUUCAACACCCUGACCAACGGCCUGGCGUUCUGCGCCAUCCUGCUGGGAUACAUCAUCGCGUACCUUAUCUUCCUUCCGGACAUCUGGCGCCAGCGGAAGAUCCGCCAGAAGCACGGCUCGGCGGCGCGCCUGGCCGAGCGACGCCUACUGUUACUGCUGUUCCUCGCACCCCUCGAACCAAUCGGCCUGCUGGGCUUUGCGUGGACCUCGAUCGGCCCCGCCUACGCGCCGUGGAUCGCCCCGUUGAUCUUCGCCUGUCUGAUCGCCAUCGCCAACUACGCCAUCUACAUGGCGACCAUCGACUACAUGGUCGCCGCGUACGGACCAUACUCCGCCUCGGCCACGGGGGGCAACGGAUUCGCGCGGGACUUCCUGGCGGGCAUUGCGACCAUGUACGCGACGCCGCUGUACGAGAACAUCGGCGGGAAGUUUCACCUGGCGUGGGCGUCGACGCUGCUGGGGUGCAUUGCGGCACUGGUGGCGGUGCCGAUCUACAUCUUCUACUGGAAGGGGCCGGCGAUCCGGGGGCGGAGUAAAUUCGCGCAGACGCUGGCGGCGGAUCGGGAGAAGCAUGCGGGACGGCGGGCGAGUCGGUUGCGGGAGGAGGAGAUGCCCUACGCGUAGACGCUGUGCUUACCAUAUCUAGAAGAUCAAAGCUUAUCAUAUAAGGAGUAUCACAUAUCAGUCCCG